ACCGAUUUGUAUUUUGACGCGUACGCUUUGUCGGAACGUUUUGUUGCGGGAGCGUUAUAUUUUGGGUGUGUAAACGCGCGCGCGCUCGCCUACUAGGUUCGGAUACCUCGGAGUGUGAGAGAUAAGAAAAUCUGUGGUGAGGAGACGGUGAAUUCUGGCGUUCAAUCAACGCCAACUUUGAUUGUCGCGAUUGCGACAGCAGUGACGAGAGUGACAAGCGACGACGAGGGGCAAUUGUUUGCGCCUUGAUUGAGCUUCGAGGGGUGUGUUGUGUGUGGUCGCGGUAGGCUCAGAUUUGAAUUUGUACCUAGAGAACGGAACAAUAGAACACGAAUACGGGUGUGGGUGCAGGAGGCUCAACCAGAGAGUGAUUCAUGAGUCACAGAAUUUUGCGUUUUUUGAAUGGGACUCGCGCGCGGAAGAGGUGGAGUUCGAUUCUUGGUUCGUGUUUUGUGAUUGAAGUUUCGUGUGGAGUUUUUCGACGGCGAUGAUCGCCGCAUUAUAAUAGGCAACAAUUACGCCCACACAUAUGCGAGAGGAUUGCUGUUGUUGUUGAGCCGUUUCGUUGAUGGUUGGAUAGAAUAAAGUCCGGACCAUUGUUGGGACACGGAACACGAAGGUGGCCCACUGUCCCCUACGACUCGGGGAAGGGAUCAAUCCCUGCAGGCAAAAGUGACGACGGAACGAAAUUUCGGGUUUCGGUUUUUGUGGGGUGUCGUUCAUCAGCAGUGACCGACCAUCAAGUUAAGGGUCGACUCGUUGUUUAUUGCUGACGCGGAAGGAAUUCCCGCUCGCAAUCCAAGUAGGUGCCGUACAAAGUACAGUGGUAGAAGAAGCAAAACUACAAGAAGAAGAUAAAAAUACCUGAUCGCAGUAGUCGCACGCAGCAGGUCAUUCCAAAGGAAGUGCAAAGUUCCGACCCAGCUGUGUAAACGGAAAACGAGUGCAAAGCCUACUGCGUAAGAAACGGGGUGGAAGGAAGAAGGAGAAGGUUUGAAAGGUGCGACACAGAAAUCGAUGGAGAAUAAGUGAGUGAUAGUGGCAAGUGAUUGCUUUGGUGGCACACGAAGCAGAUUAAGUUGCGGGGGUGGCCAACGUGCGUCAAUAUUUAUAUGCUAAUGGAAACGUGAGACGGGCGAGUUCGAGGUCGUCUGAACGAAAAUAACUUCGGGCCAAAUCAAUUCGGGGAACGUGGAAGAACAUCGUUUAACGCAAGAGAACAGAUAAGCCGUCUUUCGAUUCGAGAUUGAUUGGAAGAGACGAUUCCAGGAAAGAAGCUAGCAUCACAAUGAACGCCAAGGAGAAGGACAAGGAUCCGCAACCGUCGUUCAGCUUCAUAAGGGGUUCCGACCCGAGGGCUGCGACCUGUCGGGGCAAACUGCAGAGUCGCCGGUGUAAGCUGAACCAGGAAAUCAACAAAGAGCUCCGGUUGCGGGCCGGAGCCGAGAACCUGUUCAAGGCGACCACCAACAAGAAGCUGAAGGAUACGGUGGCGCUGGAGCUGAGCUUCGUCAACUCGAACCUGCAGCUGCUGAAGGAGCAGCUGUCGGAGCUGAACUCGUCGAUGGAGAUCUACCAGAGCGAGGGAAUGGACUACGUGAUCCCGAUGAUCCCCCUUGGGCUGAAGGAAACCAAAGAGGUGAGCUUCAUGGAGCCCUUCUCGGACUUUAUCCUGGAGCACUACAGCGAAGAUUCGUCCGUAUAUGAGGACGCGAUCGCCGACAUCACCGAUACGAGACAGGCCGCCAAAACCCCAACCAGAGAUGUCCAGGGCGUGGCCCUAUUGUUCCGCUACUACAACCUGUUGUACUACGUCGAGAGACGAUUUUUUCCGCCCGAUCGAAGUCUGGGGGUCUACUUCGAGUGGUACGACUCGCUGACCGGGGUCCCCUCCUGCCAGCGAACGGUCGCAUUCGAGAAGGCCUGCAUCCUGUUCAACCUGGCCGCCAUCUACACGCAGAUCGGCGCCAAGCAGGACCGCUCCUCGGAGAAGGGCCUGGACUCCGCGGUGGACAACUUCCUGCGGGCGGCCGGCGUCUUCAAGCACAUCUACGACACCUUCACCAACGCGCCCUCGAUGGAUUUAAAACCUCAAGUCCUAGAAGUGCUGGUAGCACUUAUGUUGGCGCAGGCACGUGAGUGCCUGUACGAGAAACUUUUACUACAGCUAGAAGAAAUGACCAAUUCCGAUUGCGGUUCGCUACAACGCAAUCUUUCCGGGGAAGCCACCCAACUGACGAUGGAGUAUCGGGAGAUUCACAGGAUAAUCCAGAGUAACGAGGCGCACACAUUCCUACCGGAGUCCUGGGCAGGGCUGGUUCCCCUGAAGUCCGAACACUACAAAGCCCUCGCCCACUACCACACGGCCAAAUCGAUCGACCCCGCCCUGCAAACCUUCAAAACGAGCACCCCCUCCAAAUCGGCCAAGCAAAAGGCCGCCCUCGGCAGUGCGCUCAACCUGGGCAGCCAAACCCUGUCCCAGUCGUUGGAUACGUUCAUCUUCGACGAGACGUCCCUCGAGGGGGACCUCAAUCCGGCCAUGCUGAAGAAAGCUCACCUCCGCGAGUCCCUCUCUAGUCACGAGGAAGCCCAACGAUUGCAGCGGAUGUGCCGCGAGCUCAAGAACAAAAUCGCCCUCACCAAGGUGCUGAACUACGCGCUGGAAAAGACUGCCGAAGAGCUGGAAAUGCUCGACCUGGAGCUGGACGGAGCCGGAUAUCUGGACGAAGACAUCGACAUGAUCGAUGUGACGCUGAACACUACCUCCAAGUUUACGAUCUCCCUGACCGGGCCGGACUUCACGGCGUACAAGAUCGAAGAUCCCUUCCGUAAGUUGGGACCGAUUGCGAUCUUCUCGGCGAGGCGCCACUGGACCGCGCCUCGGUGUAUCCGUCUGCAGAAGGGCAACUCGAUGAUGAUGACCGGCGGAGGAACGCUGGAUCGCCGUCGGUACAAUAGCGAACAGAACGGAAGCACCGGUAGCAGCACUGGGGCCAGCAGUAUCGACGGAAGCAGCGACACCGGUGGCAGUCGAGGCAAGUGCCAGUGCAACAAGACCAACUACUACAACGACGUGAGGGCGUGCGACGUGUGCUUCAAGGACGUGUGCAACAUCUCCGAUGCGGACUACCGGGCGAGGAACAAACUGACCCAGAUGCCGUCGAGCGAUGGAAGUAACUGCAGUAGCAACGUUGAUAGCUUUGAGAGCUUCGGGUUCCACGUGCGGGGCGAUGCGCCGGUCAUGAUUUCAAAUGUCGAGAUCAACUCGUUGGCUGAUCUCGGUGGCAUCAAGGAGGGAGAUUUCAUCGUGGAACUGUGCGGAAUCGACGUCAAGUGGUACACCAACCAGCAGGUGCUGAAGCUGAUCAAGAACUGCUCCAACAGUUUGGACCUCAAAGUGAUCACCCCGAUGGAUCGCAACUAUCUUAAGCCAAUGGCCUCCACCCUCUCGAAGGGAUCGAUUUCAACGCUGUCCGGCAGCUCCUCGGGGGUGUCCUCCGGAGCACCCAGUCCGACCGGCACCACGACCAAAAGCGGCGGCAGCAAACCGCGCUCCAAACUGAGCAAGAACCGCCUCAGCAGUUUCACCUCCGGCAGUUGGAAUCCGUUCCGUCGGACGCAGAGCUUGGGGAAGAUUUUCUAGCCAGAAAAAAAAACUGCAAUCAAGCGGGCAUUAAACCGUUCUUCUUCAAUUGGUUCCAGUUUGAGGGAAAUCAGAGUGUACAGAAAGAGACUAAUUCAGUUCUACUUAACUUUUUUAUUCAACGUUGGGAAGUAAGUGCUUUAGCGUUUAAGUCGAUUAUAUCUUAGGAUUUGUAAAGACAUGGAUGCCAUCACAAAACAUAAUGUAGACAACACACAUUCAUCUACCUCUCCUUGCCCAUUUGCCAAAUGGGGGAAACUGGAUGCGAGUAGUAGUCGAAUGGGAAAAAAGCCUAAUUUAUAUAACUCUAUCCCUUACAAACUAGAGCAAGUUUCUCUAUUUUAAAAUUCACCUUCGGAACGGCAGUGUUUCCUUUCCAAGGCAUAUUUAUUAUUUUAACGGAAUGUUAGUGUUCUUAAAAUGGUUCUAGUUUUAGUUUAGAAGCGAUCCAAGAAGACAUGAUAGGAUGUAGUCGACAUUGUACAUUUGAGAAUAUUGGAUUAAGUUAACAGUUAAGAUAGCUCCCGGGUCCCAAAAGGAACAGAUUUACAGAUACAGAUGGUUUACUAACACUUGUUUCGGUUUACACAAUAGUCUAUUCUAUAAAGAGUUUUGAAAGACGAGAUAUAU